UUGGUCUGGCAGCCAGGCAACAGAAACGAGUACAGCUUCGAUACGAUUCGAUACACGUCGUUUUGCCAAAAGCGUAGCAGGGCAGCAAUGAAAAAAAUAAAUGAGGAAAAAAAUUCGUGAAGCGAGAACCGUACAAUUCCCCAACGCGAGUCACGCCAUUGUGUAAGCAAAUAGUUGGCAAUUGUGCGAGUAUUGUGCGAAACGGCCGAAUUCGACCUGACCAGGAUUAGCCCGAGAAUCGCGACCCAAAUGCGAGCGACCCAACGAUGGCACCAGCGCUCACAGCCGAGCCAUUAAGUCCCAAGGAGAAGCUCACAAGUACCGCCUCGCCCUCGGCCCGAAGUUCCUCUUUGGACAGCGGAUCAGUUGCCGGUGGCGGCACAGGAGGAGCAGGUCCGGGCUUAGUGGCCAAGAAGCCAUCGACGCCUACGCCGGCAACGGCCACUACGCGAGUCACCCGCUCCCGGGAAGCGGCGGCCGUAGCAGCCGCAGCGGCAGCAGCAGCGGCGGCUGGCGCUUCGCCAUCAUCGCAGGCAGCCACUAUUCCGCAGCUUCGAUCCUCGCAACCGAACAAUAAACGAAAGUCGGGCGGCAAUAAACCCAGCAAUGAACCAGCAAUGGGGCUGAGCACAGCCCCGACUCCACACAGCUCAAGUAGUAGCGCCAGCGCUGGUUCUUCCACGCCGGAUGCCGCUACGGCCUCCACAAGCGCCACACCAGCGGUGGUGGAGCAAAACAACAAUAGCAGCACCACACACCCCCACAGCAGCUCGCCUAAGGAUAAUUCCACGGCUCAGCUACUGGCGGAUCUGACGAUCAACUUCGAGGAGGCCAUCUCGGCGGAGAUUUGUCUGAGAAAAACGCUGCCGGAGGUGAGCCUUGGUAAGGAACCGGCCACAACGCCGGCAGCUGCCACGAGCUCCAGCUCCACCACUGAAUCCCCUGGUGUAGGCGGCAGCGACGCAGCAGCUGAAGAUCAGUCAAUUCCAGUUGAGGAGGAGCUGCCCAAGAUCGAAACAGAUAACAUUGAGGAGCGCCUCAGUCAGUUGGAUGGCAAUGCCGUUGCCAUGCCAGAGGAGCUGCCGCCUCCUCCGCCUGAGCCAGAGCCACCAACAACACCCAGCAGGCAGCAGCAGACGCCAGUCAAUCAGCAGCAUGAUUCCCCGCGACUGCAAGCGACGCAACAACAACAGCAACAACUAACGCCGCAGAGCAACGCCGGAUCGAUUAAUUUCCUCAAAGACGGGGCAGCUGGCGCUGUGCUGGAGGAUCAGGACAUUGAGGAGGUGCUCAAGGCGCUGAAGACAUUCGACGGUGCCCAUGUCAAUCCAGAUGCCAUCUGUGAUUUUUUCGACGAUGUGUGGGAAGAGACGGCACCCGCUCCGUCCAUAAACACUACGGCGGCGCCUGUAAGCAGUGUCCCCGAGUUGCCAGACAUUAAGCCCAGCUUCAGCGGCUCCAGCAUCCUUCCCAGCAACAGCAGUCUUUCCACUGCGAACGUGAGUGUUAAGCCGGAUCGACCUUGGCAGGAGAGGCACGCUGAGCUGGAGCAGCAGCAACACUUGAUUUCGCGCCGGAUCGAAUUUCUGUUGCGCCGAAUGCGCAAGUUCCAGGCGCGGCAAAUGUGUCGCCAUGCCAGCGGAGAGGUGGCCGGCAUUCUGGAAUGGUCCGCCCGCAGUUCCCACAAGGCUCCCAAUCCGGCCAGGAGUGCCACUCUCUCCGAGCGGGAGGCAACUGUUCUGUCGAUUGUCUCCGGACGACCGGACACUGCAUUCUGGGAGGAGCAGAAAAAGCAUCCACUGCCUGCCAGCCAGAUGAGCAGUGUAAUUCGGCAUAUUGGUACAGCGGCCCGGCAUCAGCAGAUUUCCCACGCGGCCACCGGUACCUCGGCCACCUUGGCUCCAUCUUCCAGCUGGUUCAACAGCGCCAACUCCACAACGGUGCCGAGCAAGCGUCCGCGUAAGAAUCAGUUGGAUCCCACGACCGGAGCAGGAGCAGCAGCAACAACGGCAGCGGCUGCGAGUUUAUCGGGAUCUGGAGCAGCAGCAGCAACAUCAGGCACGACGGGGUCCAGCACGGAUCCUAAUACGCCGCGGGCGGACGAUAUCGUGCCCGGCUACGAUAGUUAUGUGACCAGCGAACUCACCCACGUGGCAGGACUGCUGCACACAGAGUUGCGAGAGGUUCAGAACGCCAUUGAUUCUGAUGCAACAGAAUCCAGUUCCGGCGGCGAGUCCGCCGAUGAAAUGGUCACCUACAACAAUACCCAGCAGCUAUCGUUACCCAUAACGCGACGCGCUGUUUGGCGCUACUCAAAAGAUCGGGCCGCCAUAGCUCUGCGAUGGUCGUGGCUCUGCUCUCAACUGGGCGACCUGGAGAUGAAAAUUCGCCAGUACGGUGACCUCUAUACGGAGCUAUCCCAGUCUAAAGGGGAAGUUCAGCUUGAGGUAACUGCCAGCCAGACACCGUUGACGUCGCCUGCGAAUGGCCUAAAGGAGGAGCCGCCAUCCGAUUGGCUCUGCAGCCGGGCCAGGCCUCUGGUGCUGUCCGAGUUUCGAAAGCGCAAACUCUUCCAGACCACCAACAUGCACACAAUUUCAAAGAAGGCGGCGCGACCCAGCAACAUCAAAUGCGGCUGCCAGUGGCCCCAGGUGCCUUGCACCCUGUGCACGGGUCGAGCAGAUCCCACAGCGCCCCGGGAGCUGAUCGAAACAAUGAUGCCCGCCAACCGGGUGGCCCUGGUCGAUGCUGGCUUUCAUCCGGUUCUCAGUUUUGCCAGCGAUGUUACCCAAUCUGUGCACUUGGAGGCCGUUGCCCGCCAGCCGGACUGGCAGUAUCGCGUCAUGCGCUCCCAGGCCAAGGCCAUUGUAAAAGCCAUGUGGAAGGCGGAGCGCGAGACGUUAGCCUCCGGCGGUAGCGGCGGACAUGCGGGCAGCCGCCGGUCGGGUGAUGCGGUCAAGCGGCGAUAUAUACGCCGCAAGGAGCGCAACAAUAACUCAAAUAAGGAGGCGGGCAGUGGAGCAUCAGCAGCAGGAGGAGGCGGUGGCAGUGGCGUCGGCGGAGGGGAUAGCGGAAACGGUACUGGUACUGCUACUACUACUUCUUCUACUACGCCUACUACAACGCCACUUGUGGCCAACACAGCGGCGGCAACGGGCAGGAAGCAGCCACAACAACACCCAACUGGAGUGAACAAUUCCAGAUCGCAGUGGCCAGACUCUCGCCAACGCCAACAACAACGCCACCACAGUCCCUCCUCAACCUCGAUCUCGGCACACAGCGGCGCUAAGAAGUCACGCAAAUCCACCAAUAACAACAGCAGCAGUUGCAAUUCCAUACAGCAGCAGCAUACAUCCGGCAGCAACAUCAACAAUCAUCACCUCAACGGCUACGGGGAUCAGUGGGGAGCAGAGCAGGGCAGUAGCAAGAGUCGUCGCAGCUCCUCGCCCACCCACAGUCAUCGAAACGAGAGAACCUCGGAACGCCGCAUUCGUCCCAUCUACGACAUCGACAACAUCGUUAUACCCUACAGCAUGGCCGCCCAGACGAGGGUAGAGAUUCUCCCCUACAAGGAGAUUCCAACGCCCAAGUGGCGCAUUGUUGACAGCGACAGUGAUAAGGCGAAGCAGUCGGCGGAUGAGUCAGCUGAGUGUAAACUCAGCAACGGCAGUGUCCCAGUAACAGCGACGUCAGACGAGCAGCUUUCCAACAAACAAACCGAAGCCCAAAGCCCUAAACAAGAACAACAGCUGUCGGAUGAGCAGCCUCCACAGGUCAACGGGUUAAGGCAGAAGGAGGCAGUCGUUAAGCACAAUAACAAUAAUAUUAUUAACAAUAAUAACAAUAAUAAGAAUGGACUGGUAAAUGGCAAUGCCAAGAAGGCUGAUCCCAAGACAGCGAAGCAGCACAAACUGGAUAAAAAGGAGGAGAAGGGAAAGAAGCCCAAGCUUAAUGGCAACAUUGGAAAAAAUCAAAAUGAUAAAACUGCCGAGAAGCUGACAGAAUCAACUGCUGAGAUAGAGCCACCACUGCCGAAGCGACCCAAGUUGGAAAAGUCCGUAGAUGAGGUAACCAAGCCUAAGGCCAAUGGUCAGGCGCCAGCGUCCCUCGUGGAAAUGGAGGAGGAGGAGUUCAUUGAGGAAGAUCUCUCCGAUGAGGCUUUCAUUGCAAGACAUCAACGCGCCCUGCUCGAGGAGCGUCGUCGUUUCGAGACGUUCCUAAAGUUUCCAUGGAGCACCAGAUCACGUGCGAAUCGCCGUGCAGAUAGUCGCGCUGAAUCGAGCGGUGCCAACACUCCGGAUCCGGCCUCACCAGCUCCGCAUCACGGUGGAGCUGGGCUAGACAACGAAAGCAUCCCCUCGCCGCUGGCCCAUCCGCUGGAAGGUUUCAACGAGAGCGGGGAGCUGAUAUCGGGCGGACAGUCACGUCAAGCCCGCCGUCGCACAACGUCCAGCAAGCUCAAGGAUCAAACGGAGCGGCGCAGCACCACGCCAGAUCUUCGAGAGGGCCAUGCGCUGAUGCAACAGCCUUCACUCUUUGAGCCUCUGGUCUUUCCACUCUCCGAGGAGGUCUAUCAGCGCUUAUUAGCCGAGACCUACGCAAUGUCAACAUCUACACCCAGCACGAAACGGGCCAAAACCAAAUCCGUGUCAUCUAACUGCGACGGAAGCAGCUUCACAGGAGCCGGAGGUAGCAGCAGUAGUCGGCGCAGCAGCAAGUCCAAGACCAAGCUGAAUAAUGGACAGCUUAAUGGCCAGAUCAAUGGGCACCCUAUGGCGGCGAAGAUAGACGGCACCGAGGAUGAUGGUGAAAGGGUUGUGGUGGAAGGAGGUGGUGGAAUUUCAGAGCCGGAAGAGGAGGAUGUACUGCUAGAGGAGGAGGACGAUGACUAUCCGAAGCAUCAUUUGGCGCCGCUCGACGAUGAGCAAGAAUCGACACCAGAUGCCGAGCUGAAUCUAUACGAUUCGGCCAUCGAUGCGUAUCUGGGAGAUCAGGAGGCUCUCGAGGAGGACAUGGCCGAGGAUCCCUUCGAGGACGACGACCCCAACGAUCCGGAGUGGAAAAAUCGGACCGAUGGUUCUCGCAGCAGACGCACCUAACAAAAAAACAACAAAGCCCAAAGGAGAUAACUCGUUUUCGUUAUUUAAGUUUUUUUUAAACGAUUCGUCAACUUUUAGAACACAAACACACAACACAGAAAUCAGCCUGCGCAGAGCAACAAUUUUAACUUGUUUUAAACGGAUUUGUUUGCACUCACAACAACAGCAUUGCCUACUGAAAGCAAUCAUCUAAGUUAUUUAGUUCUACGAUCCCGCAGAGAAAAGCAAACACACCACACAAAGGAAACGAAAAAACAAACAAUCUAAGAAAAACAAAAACACAAAACAAAAAACUUGAAAUAUUCAAUGUAAAUACAAGCUAAACACUUAGAGGUAAGCAAGUUAUUGAUAAAUGUAAUCUAAUUAAUCUGUAACCACUCGAACCGUGUUUGAGAUCAUCGAACGCUCUCACCACGACUCCACGUUGCUGUGUUGUGUUGUGGUGUGGUGGGGGUGUUCGGUUCGAAGGAUGGUCGUGUGACGGUUAAUCAGAAUCAGAAGAAACAAACCAACCCACUUGGGCUUCAAGCCAAAGUGAGCUAAGAAUUAAAAAUAGUAAUCUAUCUAUAUAUAUAUAAAUAUAAAAACACCCAUUUAAAUAUAUAUUAUAUAUGCAUAACAGACAUACAAAUACAUACGUGAGAAUGCCAAUAGAGCAGAGAUAGCUGAAGAUUUGAAAUGUAUUCGCACCUGCACGCAAAAGAUAUAAGAACUAAAAACAAAACCACGAUAAAUGUAAAUUGAUCCGCUUAAACCCUACUUCUAACAUGUAACAAAGAUGGCUGUAGGCCCCUUAAUUCUUAUUUUUGAAAAGUUUGUCAACUGUAUAGAGAGAUGGAGAGAGAAAUUUAGAGGAAGAGAAGUUCGGAAUGUGAAAGAAAGAUCGAUAUGUAUGUAAAUGUACUUUAGUUGCUUAGGCGUUUUCAUUUAUACCUUAAAAGUUAGUGGCUAAUUGUAGAAAUUAAAAACAUAAAAAAAAAACAAAACGGAAGCAAAACCUAGUGCGGCUAUGCCCGCAGAAAUGUUUAUUCUUAUUUACGUUUUUUUACUACCUACUUCGUAUGUAUGUUUCAUCGCAAAGCUAGAAACAAUAUUCAUUCGUUAACACUUAAAAAAAAAAAAAAAAA